GGGAACCGCAGCGACAAGACGUGGAGAGGAGGCAACGCGGGCGCGGGCGCUCGUCAGUUAAACCACGAUGAAAGGAACAGAGACACAGAUGUACAUUUGCUGCUUUAAUUUCCCAUUAGUGAGACCAGCUAAGAAGUUCUGGAGAAGAAAAAUUUCAGAAAAAUUGCCUCAGUUUGAAUAGCAUAUCAGAAAAUUUGAAACACUUUUCCUAAAGAAACCAAGAAAAUUUGAAGCUCCUUUCCUAAAGAAAACCUGUGUAUACAGUAACUUCACAGACUUAGUUGGUUUUUUUUUUUUUUUUACCCAAAUUGUCACUGGAUUCUGCUGCCUGAUACUUGAACCUGUUUGGAAUUUUUCUCAUGUGCCUCUAAGGGGAAUGCUUUAUUAUGGCUGCUGUUGUCCAACAGAACGACCUAGUAUUUGAGUUUGCUAGUAACGUCAUGGAGGAUGAACAACAGCUUGGUGAUCCAGCUAUUUUUCCUGCCGUAAUUGUGGAGCAUGUUCCUGGUGCUGAUAUUCUCAAUAGUUAUGCGGGUCUAGCUUGUGUGGAAGAGCCCAAUGACAUGAUUACUGAGAGCUCCCUGGAUGUUGCCGAAGAAGAAAUCAUAGAUGAUGAUGAUGAUGACAACAUCACCCUUACAGUUGAAGCUUCCUGUCAUAAUGGGGAUGAAACGAUUGAAACUAUUGAGGCUGCUGAAGCACUCCUCAACAUGGAUUCUCCUGGCCCUAUGCUGGAUGAAAAACGAAUAAAUAAUAAUAUUUUUAGUUCAUCUGAAGAUGACAUUGUUGUUGCCCCAAUCACCCAUGUAUCCGUCACAUUAGAUGGGAUUCCUGAAGUGAUGGAAACUCAGCAGGUUCAAGAGACAUAUGCACACUCACCAGGAGCCUCCUCACCAGAACAACCUAAGAGGAAGAAAGGGAGAAAAACUAAACCACCACGACCAGAUUCCCCAGCUACUACACCAAACAUAUCUGUGAAGAAGAAAAACAAAGAUGGGAAGGGAAACACCAUUUAUCUUUGGGAGUUUUUACUGGCACUGCUCCAGGACAAAGCUACUUGUCCUAAAUAUAUCAAAUGGACCCAGAGAGAAAAAGGCAUUUUUAAAUUGGUAGAUUCUAAAGCAGUAUCCAGGUUGUGGGGGAAGCACAAAAAUAAACCUGAUAUGAAUUAUGAGACCAUGGGAAGAGCUCUCAGGUACUAUUACCAAAGGGGUAUUCUGUCAAAAGUAGAAGGUCAGCGCUUGGUGUAUCAGUUUAAGGAAAUGCCAAAAGAUCUUAUUUAUAUAGAUGAUGAGGAUCCAAGUUCCAGCAUAGAAUCUUCAGAUCCGUCACUGCCAGCAACAACCACUUCAAGCAGGAACCAAGCAGGCCGAUCAAGAGUAUCUUCAAGUCCAGGGAUAAAAGGAGGACCCACUACAGUUCUAAAACCAGGGAAUUCUAAAGCUACUAAAACCAAAGAUCCUGUGGAAGUUGCACAGCCAUCAGAAGUUCUGAGGACAGUGCAGCCCACACAGUCUUCAUAUCCCACCCAGCUCUUCCGGACUGUUCAUGUAGUGCAGCCAGUACAAGCUGUCCCAGACGGAGAAGCGGCCAUAAUUAGUUGUGUGCAAGAUGAAUCAUUAAAUUCUUCAGUUCAAAGUAUUAGGACUAUACAGGCUCCAACCCAAGUUCCAGUGGUCGUGUCUCCUGGGAAUCAGCAUUUGCAUACAGUAACGCUCCAGACAGUGCCAAUCACAACAGUUAUAGCCAGCACAGACCCAUCGUCAGGUGCUGGGUCUCAGAAAUUUAUUUUACAAGCCAUUCCAUCAUCACAGCCCAUGACAGUACUGAAAGAAAAUGUUGUGUUACAGUCUCAGAAGCCGGGCUCUCCUCCUUCCAUUGUCUUGAGUCCUGCCCAUGUACAGCAGGUUCUUACUAGUAAUGUCCAGUCCAUUUGCAAUGGAACCGUCAGCGUGGCGUCAUCUCCAUCCUUCAGUGCUACUACACCUGUGGUGACAUUUUCUCCUCGCAGUUCACAGCUGGUUGCCCACCCACCUGGCACUGUAAUCACUUCAGUUAUCAAAGCUCAGGACACAAAAACUCUUACCCAGGAAGUAGAGAAAAAGGAGGUCGAAGAUGAUUUGAAAGAAGACACUGAGGAAACCGAGCAACAGCCACAGCCUUACGUGAUGGUGGUUUCCAAUUCCAAUGGACUUACUUCUCAGGUAGCUAUGAAACAAAAUGAACUGCUGGAACCCAACUCUUUUUAAUUAAAAUUCCAAAAGAAUUAUGGAUGAUUGUUUUUUAAUUUAACAUUUCCAAUUGAAUGCAAACUAUCUGAUUCUAAGACAAAAUUAUAAAGAUGUUCCUUUUUGUAGUUUUUAAAAAUAAUUAAGAGUUAGUCUUGACUUUGUUAGAUGAGGGAGGAAAACCAAAGUGUUUCUCUUUGUUCGCCAAAUGUUUCAGAAUUCAGUUGUGAAGGAACAGGCAUUUUAUACUAUGAAGACAUUCUUUUGAGAUUUUUUUUUUCAGUUGCUAUAUCUUAAGCAUUUUUAAAGUUGCUUUUAAAAUUUUACAAUGUCUGAUCUUUUCUGAUUCUGUUGUAAAUACAGUACUUAAAUAGAAGACAACAGGAAACUUAUAUAGGAACUAUUUUCAUUCCACUUGUGUAAGUUAAGUCUUGACUCUUUCAACUGCAAGACACCUAUUUUAUGCUUUGUUAAAAUUAUGAUUUCACUAGAUUGACUUUUAGUUGGCUGCACAGUAUAUUGAACUAUGAAUGUAAAAUAUAACAUUAAAAUUGAAAUAUGCCCAUGAUGAUGGCUGAACCUGUUUCAGAAGCAGGGUAGUAUGAAAGCAUCAAUCUAAGAGUGGCUCUCCUAACUAGUUUUGUAACCUUGGGCAAGCCACUGUUCUUUCUGGGCUUCAGUUCUCUCAUGAAAGUAAGGAAUACAUUUGGAUUAGACUAAAUGAUCUUCAAUUUCCUUUACAGUUCUAAAUUUAUGAUUCCAACUCAUAUUUUAGAAUUAUAUCAAUUAAAACAUCAGCUUAUUUCCUAAUGUAAGUAUAGCAAAAAUAUUGCAGAAAAAUUGCCCUAGAAAUUAAAAUUUCUACUAUCUGUAAGAUUGCUAUGAACCUGAAUUCUUCAUUAAUUCUUUAGGCCCCUGUGCACUGUGGCCCAUUAGUAAACAUACAUUGCUAAGUGCUGAUACACUGCUGUUCUGAGAGAGUCUAGACUCUUUCUUAAAGGCUCAGAAAACAACCAAGCCUUGGGUUAAUCUGUUUGAUUGGUCAGUUGCAAUAAAAGCACAAUUGCUUUAUAUUUUGGAUCUUUUUAAAAAUUAGUAGGGGGGGAAUUGCAUACAAAGAUAAUAUAUAUAUAUAUGUAUAACCACGUUUUUGAAAUAAAUUUCAGAUUACUUUUCAACUGUAAAUAAUGUACAUUUAAUUUCACAAGAAAAAUUGUUUUCUGCAUAUUUUCUAGUAUAGGAAAGAUAAAUUUUUGUAGAUGAAAAAUUUUUCUUUAGAAGUCUAAUGUUAUAUGUUUUCAUAUUACAAGAGUGACUUUGUAUUUAAACAAAAAUUUAAAUUUUGGAAUCCUCUAAACAUUUUUGUAUCUGCAAUUGGUUUAUUAUUAAAUAAAUCAUAUA